AUGUCCUCAUCGUCGGCGAAUAUUGCACCGCCGCUGCAUCCGUUUCAAGCAGCUGCCAUCGCCAACAUCAAGGCUCAGGCGGUCGCGCUCCGGCCAGAUGCAUUGGAUACGAUAUCCCACAUUUUUGGCAUGUCCAAUGUGCCAAUAGAGACACUCAACGAAGUCCGACAAGCUAUUGCUCAUCAAGCUCGCAUUGCGUUGCAUUUUCAUCCAGAUCGCCCGUCUCGCAGUGGGCAAACAGUUGUUGAAGCCCUACUAGAGGAUGGCAUGUACAGAAAUCAAUUUGAGACCGGCAUCUCGAAUGGCCUAGUAGCAACACAGCUCGGUGGUCCCCGCGAUGACUGGGAGCGCAAUCUCUUCCGUGGUGCAUAUCAUGGCUCCAGCAUUACGGAUACCGCAGAGAAUGUCUUCAAUCCGGCACUACGGCCUAAAUAUGGAGCUCUGGACCUCGUGCGCAACUCUGACGGCCCUGCUCCACGAUUUGGCUCCUGCUAUUUCUUGCUUCGGCCAGAAGUAUCGUCCCGGUCAACGUUUACAUACGGUGGGUCGCAAGCGGCUCCAAAAGAUGUAGGGACGGUUGAUGAGUUCGACGCAAUACUGGCAGCAUUACUGGAAGAAUGCUUCACAAGAGAAACCGCACUGGGUGUAGAAAAUGUGAGGCCAAAGGGAAUGUUGGAACUUAUCAAAGGAUUGAGCAAGUCGACCCUCGUAGAAGCCAAUUACAAGAGGCUACCAAGCCGAAAUCUGGACCACUUGAUCGAGGCGCAGAUCCAUGGCGACGUUCUUCUCUCGCGAGAUGUCGAAGCUCUCGUUGUGGAUCCAUCGUUCUUCACUCGCGGCGAUACUGGAUCCUUCCUGAAAACCCUCAGCGAAACAUAUGGAUUUCCACUCUUUUCCCAUCACGGAUUCGAGUUGCCGGUGGAGAGUUGCCCGAAUGAUUUCCGAGGACCAACAAUGCCGUCUUUGGCAGCAAGGGUAGCGUACAAUGGCAAAGUUGACGUGCAGGCAAUUGGCAAGGGUGUAAGAAGUCUAGUCGCUGACGCAGAACAAUGGGCGGAUAGGGGAACUGUCGCAGAAGUUUUGCAAGAGCUUAAACUAUUGUGGCAUGUGUUAGUUCGUUAUGGUUAA